ACUCCAGCCGAAUUGUACAUUCCACAGACUACUGGAAUGGCUAAAGCCGUGUGGGCGGUGUCCCUGCUGCUGCUGGGCAUGUUGGGGGCGUCACAAGCGUCCCGCCUCAGCACCCGCUACGACGAGAACAGCGGAGAGAUCCUGAUAGUGUCCAACGAAGAUGGUCUUGAAAUACAACUGGCGUACAUCCCAGUAGACAGCACUAGUCGCUCUUCCACACCACGCCAUGUCAGAUAUUUUAAUGGAGAAGUUUUUGACUUUGGUAACAGCAAUAUCACCAUCCAGCGCCAAGACAGAGCUGGCCGUUGCCUCGGUGUCUAUCAGUGGGUGAACACACCCAAGACGGUUCUCAAAAGCUGCCAGAACCACCUCACCAGCCACAUUUACGGCGGUACCGAGUCAACCAAACAGGUUUUUCUGACUGAGCAGAGAACGUAUGACAACUACGCGUUCGUCACCAACCAGACGCACUAUGCAGGCAUCGCUACACGCUACUGGCUGUUCUCCGAUGGAAGAUUCGUACGCGUCCAUUCCAACGUUCCCCUUUUUAUUGACCAAAACACAGAUCAGUCACCGGAUGCAUUAUGUUUCACGGCCAAGAACCAGAGUCCCUACCCAGAAGACCGACCAGACAACCUUUUACAGUGGGAUAUCUGCUCAUUCGGAAACGCUAGGGAGGCCCACGAACACGCAGUCCAGAAGUACCUGGGGAAGCCGGCGGGAGUCCCAGACGAGCGCAUGGUCACCCACCCGGUCUGGGCCACACUGGCGCGCUACGACAUCGGCGUCAACGACUCUUUAGUGAGGGACCUGGCCAACGAGAUAAUCGCCAAUGGAUUUAAGAACAGCAACAUCGAAAUAGACGACAUUUGGGAGACCUGCUACGGCAGCCUCACGUUCGACCCAAACCUUUUCCGGGACAUACGGGCUCUCACAGAUGAAUUACACUCUCUGGGCUUCCGCGUGACGCUGUGGGUUCACCCAUUUUUGAACCGAGGCUGCGAGCCGUACUAUUCGGAAGCCGUGAAGAAAGGCUACCUUGUGUCCAACGUGAACGGCAGCACCAUCACGCGCUGGUACCAUGGAGUCACCGGUGUUGUCGACUUCACCAAUCCUGAGGCAGUGACUUGGUGGACCAGUCGACUGUGGGCGCUUCGCAACGAGUCAGGGAUCGACUCGUUUGAUUUUGGCUAUGGCGAGGUAAGUUUCUUGCCGACGCCGUCCACCGUAGAGCCCAUAGAGCGAAACCCAGUGGCCUUCAGCGACGCGUAUGCGAAGGUGAUCUCGCAGUUUGGGCCCAUGGUGCAGAUAGAGACCAGCGUGGACAACCAGCAGCUGCCCAACUACUUUGUGAUGGACAAAAUGAGGAGCGACUGGACCAACCAUCACGGCUUCAAGACGCUGAUACCCAAGCUGCUGCAGCUCAACUUGGUCGGCUACCCUUUCGUUAUCGGAGAGAUGGUGGGCGGCGGCAACAGCAAGACGUGGUCCGAGCUGUACGUGCGCUGGCUUCAGGCCAGUGUCUUCAUGCCGGUCGUAAAGUACUCCUUCACACCGUGGGACUUUGACAACGAGACGCUGGAGAUCUGCCGCAGCCUGACCGAUCUGCACGCGCAGUACGCGCCACGAAUCCUGGAGCUGAUGCAGAAGGCGGUGGAGGACGGCACGCCGGUCAACCUGCCCGUCUGGUGGCUCGACCCCACCGACUCCACUGCACAGACCAUCGACUCAGAGUACCUGCUGGGCGAAGAUGUCCUGGUGGCGCCGGUGCUGCACCGCAACACGGUGCGCCGUGACAUCUACCUGCCGAAGGGCACCUGGAGGGACGAGGCCGACCCGGAGCACCCCACCAUACAGGGCCCCACCUGGCUCCGCAAAUACCCUGCUCCUCUCAACACUCUGCCCUACUUCACCAGGAUCAGCUCCUCAUAGGCUUCUCUGGCUGCAUUCGAAACGUCGUUCCGUUGUGGUACAUUUGUAAAUGACUAAUAAGUACAAGAGUGUAAUACUAAAACACUUCAACUGAGUUUUAUUGGCUGCAAUUAAAUAAACGCAUUAUGAAAAA